AUGACUGAAUCAGGAUAACCCAAAAUUAAAGAUUUAAAAGAAGAUCAGGUUCGAAAGCCGGCAUGGCUAGACAUUUUGCCUUAUUUCCUUCCAACCUUAUUAAUAAUCGUAAAUAUGAUCUGCAGCUACCAGUUCAAUUUCUUUUCAAUCGGCAUCUAUUUCAGCUUUGUAGUAAUUCCUUUGAUCGAUUCCUACAUGAUGCCAGAAAAUCAUAAGAACUUAAAGGAGAAAGAACUAAUAGGAUUUGAAAAAGAUGAUAGAUUCCUACUGCCUCUUUACAGUCACCUCAUUUUGGAAUACAUUUUCCUAUACACCAAUCUCUAUUAUAUUAGCUAAGGAGUGAUAGGAAAUAGUUUUUCACAAUUUUUUGGAAUUCUUUCGGCUUAAUUCUCUGCUGGGAUUGUUAGUGGAGUGAUAGGUCACGAACUAAUACACAAAAAGCCCUUGAGAGAUAAAAUAUUUGGAACAUUAUUUUACAGUAGAUUUUUCUAUGGACACUAUUUUAUUCAACAUGUCAGCUCACAUCAUAAAAUGAUAGCUACUGUACACGAUGCAUCAUCAGGCAGACUUGGUGAAGGAUUUUGGCCUUUCUUUAGAAGAGCUUUGACACAAGGAAUAGAAGUAGUGUGGGAUUUUGAGAAGAAUAGACUUGCUAAGGAAAAAAAGUCUCCCUAUACUUUUGAAAACAGGCUAUUCUCAUUUAUCACCGGUCAAACUAUUUACUAUCUCAUGAUUUUGAUUAUUUUCGGCAAAAAGGCUUUCCUGUUCCAUGUAGCUCUUGCAUCUCUUAGUAUGUUCGCCCUUGAAGUUGUCAAUUAUGUUGAACACUAUGGCUUAGAAAGGAAACAAGACAAGAAUGGAAAUUAUGAAUCAAUAUAGAACAAACAUUCCUGGAAUACACCAGAGUAUUUAACUGGAAUUAUUAACUUCAAAUUACAGAGACAUUCCGAUCAUCACAGCAAUGUCUACAAACCUUACUAAAUUCUCAGCAGUUUUGAGGAAAGUCCAAUGAUGCCGUGCGGUAACCUCUUAGCUACAACAAUCGCUGCCUUCCAUCCAUCUGACUGGUCUAAAUUGAUGGAUCCAUUAGCUAAAGCAUAUAAUGCAAAUGAAAAAGUGUCUGAAGAGCAGAAGAAGAUUGUUGAAGGGCUGGUACUUAAGCAUAACAUAAUCAAUGCAGUAUUGAUGACAUAUCUCUGCUUCUUCUGA